CCUGCUGCUCUGUUCAAAUGCCAGAGACCCACUGUCAAAACAGAGCGAGAGGGGCGCAACAAUAUGAUGGACCUUUUUGAGACCAACCCUUAUCUCUUCAACGAUUUGCGCUAUUUGGAAGAAGGGGACCAUGGACCGCUGCAGCACCUGGACAUGUCCGGCGUGUCCCCCCUGUACAACGGCAACGGCAGCCCGCUGUCUCCGGGCCAGGACAACGUCCCGUCCGAGACCGGCGGCGAGAGCAGCGGGGACGAGCACGUGCCGGCGCCGCCGGGUCUCCGCGCGCACUGCGACGGCCAGUGCCUCAUGUGGGCCUGCAAGGUCUGCAAGAGGAAGUCGGCGCCCACGGACAGGCGCAAGGCCGCCACGCUCCGGGAGAGGAGGAGGCUGAAGAAGAUCAACGAGGCCUUCGAGGUGCUGAAGAGGAAGACCGUGGCCAACCCCAACCAGCGGCUACCCAAGGUGGAGAUUUUACGCAGCGCCAUCAGCUACAUCGAGGGGCUGCAGGACCUGCUGCAGACGCUGGACGAGCAGGAGACGCACGCGCUCAAAGAACACAGCGUGGCUGCUCACGAGUAUCACUGGAAAAAGUCCUCUGAGACCUGGCCGACCUCUGCGGACCAUUCCACCGCAGCGCUGAUGAGCCAGAGAGAAGGAACCAGCGAGUCGUCUGGGGCCUCCAGCCUCCUGCGUCUGUCCUCCAUCGUGGACAGCAUCACCAAUGGGGACAAAGUCAAUGUCAGCGAGGGCGUUUCAGAAAACUGAAAAACUCACUCCGAGAGCUCGACCCCGAUUUUCAAAUUUAGAAAUUGACAUUAUUCAUCUCUAAAUUAUUUCCACUCCAUUCAGCCGCUGUGGCUUCUGUUUGGUACGUAGCCGUCAUUUGUACAGCAGGAGCAACCGAUUUGUACAUAUUUUAUGAUAAAAUUAUGUUUAAAUUUUAUUUAUUUUAUAUUAAACUACGCUUUUUAAAGCUGAGAUUGUAUUUAAAUGUUUGUACAUAUUUGACCAAGACAAUAAAUCAGAAGAAUAACUGCACAGUUAAAAUUG